GGGAAACGGGCAGGAAAAAGGGGGGGAAAGGGCCCGGAGCGGCUUUGUGCUGCCAAAAGUCACUUCAGCCUUCCUCAUCCGCGUUAUUUUCCUCGCCGCAUUCCUGCUACAGAAGCAACUCUGCGGAGAUGAAAUACAUCAUAGGCAUCGGAGGCGUCACCAACGGUGGCAAAACCACGCUGACCAACAGGCUUGUCAAGGCGCUGCCCAACUGCUGCGUCGUCCACCAGGACGACUUCUUCAAGCCACAAGAUCAAAUAGAAGUCGGGGAAGACGGCUUUAAACAAUGGGAUGUGUUGGAUUCCUUGGAUAUGGAGGCAAUGGUGAGCACUGUGCGUGCCUGGAUUGAGAACCCAGUGAAGUUUGCCCGUUCCCACGGGGUGAAUGUCACGCCUGGCUCUAAAGAGCCAGCCUCCAAAGAUAUCCAUAUUUUGGUCAUUGAAGGCUUCCUGCUUUAUAAUUACAAACCACUGAUAGACCUCUUUGACAUACGCUACUACCUGGCAGUUCCGUACGAUGAAUGCAAAAGGAGGAGAAGCACACGCAACUACACUGUCCCUGACCCCCCCGGGCUCUUCGAUGGACACGUCUGGCCCAUGUACUUAAAGCACAGGAAAGAAAUGGAGGACAACGGUGUUAAUGUUGUUUAUUUAGAUGGACUGAAGUCUAGAGAUGAGCUUUACAAUCAAGUCUUUGAAGAUAUUCAGAACAAGCUUUUGAACUGCUUAUAGGGUCUCGGAAGACCUGAAAGACCCGUGUACAGAAUGAUGUAAAUAGUACUUGGAAGUCAGAAUUGGGGUUUAUUUGUGUAAACACUUCUUACACUGCCCUUUGGAAAGCAUCUUUUGUAUAUAAUUGAAAAAUGAAGAUAAGUUAUUUGCAGCUGUGAUGGACAGGAUUUUUUUUUUAAUUUUCCUAUUUUAUAUUCCACUGGCUUAAACAUAAGUUGAAAAUGCAUUUUCAUGGUGGGACAAGUAGAGAUGCAUUUGGAAAACAACUGCCUCUCUUGCUUAUAUGCUUCUGCAGAUAUUAAGCCUUUAUGUAAUGGCUUGUUUGUAACGUCAUCGUUCAAAUUCAGUAAAAAUCUAUUUAAAAUCUC